AUGGCAACCGAACAACAAACAACACCCGCAGUAAUGUGGCCAUUUUAUAUUGAGGAUGAAACAGACUUUAGUACCCUUGGUAUAAUUUCUUUUUUGUUAUCAAUUGUAUCAUUCAUUUAUAAAAGCCGUGUAACUGUAAUGGCUGCUCUUAUUUUCUUUGUCCUUUCGAUUCCUCACAAACAAAAAGUUGAUCUUCAAAUUUCAGCUCUUAUUAUGUCUGGGUUUCCCCUACUUAUUGCUCUUUCCUUUGCAUAUAUGUUCACUCCUGAUAGUUAUGCUUAA